UGAGAAAGACUGUUGGUGUUGAUGUAGACUGACGUUUUGACAACCUUAGUGGUUGGUCAACAACCUUAGUGGUUGGACAACCUCACUUGAAAAAUAGCCUGAUUGGUGACGUCUUGAUCUAGUUCCACGUCGAGAUGUGAAUGUAACCUACUUUCGAGACAUAUUAAUGCUGAUAUUAAUGUGUCGAAAAUACUUUCUAAAUUUGUUCGUCGGAUUGUUAUACUUAGUUGCUAUUUAUUUAUUUUGUUGAGCGAAUAUGGUUGCCUAAUAGCAAUUAAAGUUAUGUAUGAAUGAGUAUAUUAAAGUUUCUUAAAGUUCUAACAUGGGUUUGACCAUGCGACGAUAUUGUGGAUGAUAUUAUGGAGGCAUAGACAUGGUGCUAUUGAGGUAUGGACACAAUACAUGGUGUUAGUGAGGUAUGGACAUGGUGUUAGUGAGGUAUGGAUAUGGUGUUAGUGAGGUAUGGACAUGGUGUUAGUGAGGUAUGGACAUGGUGUUAUUGAGAUAUGGACAUGGUGUUAGUGAGGUAUGGACAUGGUGUUAGUGAGGUAUGGACAUGGUGUUAGUGAGGUAUGGACAUGGUGUUAGUGAGGUAUGGACAUGGUGUUAGUGAGGUAUGGACAUGGUGUUAGUGAGGUAUGGACAUGGUGUUAGUGAGGUAUGGACAUGGUGUUAGUGAGGUAUGGACAUGGUGUUACUGAGGUAUGGACAUUCCAUGCAAGCUUAUUUAAACCUGUAAACGUUGGUAUUAGGUUUGCGAAAUUUCGCAACAUUUUUAUUCUUUAUUAGGUGACGUGAUAUUCGUACAAGGACGAAAUUCAAAUCCUCGAAAUUUGCGAAUAUGGUAACGGACGAUGAAGAAUUAAGGAGUUAGCUCUGGGCCAACUCAAGGAUUAUCUGCGAUGUAAGACUUGGCGAUGAAGCGAUACUAAAGAACUUGGAGCUGUUGUACUUUUUACUGACGGAGAGAAGUCUUGAAUCUUUUUUUUUGGAUUUCAAUACAAGUUGGCUCAUCUUUCUCAUACAUGAAACAAGUUCUUUUUCGUCAUGAAGGCUGUAUUUCACCAUCGUUGUAUUCUAGAAACAUGCCAGGAAAAAAGUUUACACAUAAAUGAUCGUAUUGAAGGAGAACAAUCGCUAGAUAGCACUAAAGAUGUUAUAGCGCACAAAUCUCACAGUAGAAAUGUUCUUGGUCAAAUAACAAAUCACGUUUCUCAGCGAAUAUGUUCAAAGAAACUGUGCGUUGGAAAGGCGACAGGUGCAGAGGGAAGGGAGCAAUGUAAAACAGAUAAGGACACGAACAUUACCGAAGAAAGUGAUUUUUCGGAUGAAACAGCCGCACAACAUGAAGAAACAAAUGUUGAAAAGCUUGACACGACUAUGGCGAAGAUUGAAAUGCCACUUAUGAAUGCAGUCGAUAUUGACGCUGAAGAUAUAAACAAUCCUUUCUGUUGUGCCGAAUAUGCGGAGGAAAUAUAUCGUUAUUUGAGGAAAAGAGAGGACUUUUAUAAAGUACCGAAAAACUACAUUCAGUUGCACAAGGAGAUCAACGUGAGAAUGAGGGCGAUACUUGUUGAUUGGCUAGUUAGCGUUCAUGAGAAGUUCAAAUUGACACAGGAAACGUUAUUUUUGGCAAUCUCAAUACUGGACAGAUAUUUAGCGGUCAGUCACAAAGAGACAAGAUCCAACCUGCAGUUGAUAGGUGUUACAGCCAUGUUCCUUGCAUCAAAGAUUGAGGAAAUAUAUGCACCCGAUAUCUCAGACUUGGUCUAUAUAACAGACGAGUCUUGCAGCCCGUACAUGAUCAAGUUGUACGAAAAAAAGAUGACGUCAUCAUUGGAUUUCAACUUCGGCGAUCCGCUCUGUAUACAUUUCUUAAGAAGAAACUCGAAGGCCUUAAACGCAACAGCAGAGCAACAUGCUUUGGCAAAGUUCUUUAUGGAAUUGAUGUUGCUUGAUUACGAUUGCUCUGUGAAUUUUCCUCCUUCUCAGCGAGCUGCCGCAUCACUCUGUGUUGCAAUGAAAAUAACCGAUAAUUCAUCAUGGAAUUCAACUCUUGUCCAUUACAGUUCAUAUAAUGAAGAGACUCUGGAACCAUGUAUGAUGAAAAUUAGCCGUCUUGUGUUGCGGUCACUCGACAAAAAAUGUCGUUUGGCUUCCGUGAGAAGAAAGUAUAGCGGAUCACGAUUUUGUAAUGUUGCCGUUUCCCAUCGUCUGAAUUCAGCGUUUAUCACGGAGCAGCCUAGUGAAUAGAAUCAGUUCGCUUUCAUUUAGAUCGAGUAAAAUAGGAAAAAAUCAAAUUACAAAAAGCUUGUUAAAAUACCCUGUAAAAAUGUAAAAAUAAUUCUUCGUAAUAGCUCAUUUAUCUUUAAUAUUGUACAAGAAAUUUUGAACUAAGAAAAAUUGCAAUGGACAUGUUUAAUGGUAAAUAAUGAAUUUUCCCCAAAGCUGAACACGGCAUUUGUGUAUUAUAUGAGUUAACAAAA